GGCGUCGAAGAACAAACGACACAACAUUGCAACGACAAAAUGGCGUCCACUUCAGGUGGUGAAAGGAGGACAAGUUUAGACACCGAAAACUCGGAAAAAGAUGCCGAUAAGGAGGAUUCCGUUAAGAUCAUAUGCCUUGGGGACAGUGCUGUGGGAAAAUCUAAGUUAGUUGAACGCUUUUUAAUGGAUGGAUACCAGCCACAGCAGUUAUCAACAUAUGCAUUGACACUUUUCCAAUAUCGAACUAAGGUUAAUGACAAAGAUGUAAGAGUAGAUAUUUGGGAUACUGCUGGCCAAGAGAGGUUCAACAGUAUGCAUCCAUCCUACUAUCACCAAUCACAUGCUUGUAUACUGGCAUUUGAUAUAACUCGGAAAACAACAUAUAAAAAUCUUGCAAAAUGGUAUAAAGAACUAAGAGAAUAUAGAUCAGAUAUUCCAUGUAUUGUGGUGGCAAAUAAGAUUGAUAUUGAUUAUAAAGUAACUGAAAAAAGUUUUAAUUUUCCAAAGAAAUAUGGAUUGCCAUUCUAUUUCGUGUCUGCUGCAGAUGGAACUAAUGUAGUGAAGUUAUUUCGCGAGGCAAUCAAGUUGGCAUAUAGAUAUAAAGAAAAUUCCACAGAUUUCGUGGAUGUUGUCAUGAAAGAACUCGAGGCCAUGGAUGAUGUAGACAUUGAAGACGACAAGUUUGGUGCUGUGAAUGGCACUGUUGAUGGUGGAAAUGAAUCAUGACAGAUAAGUUGUGUGACCUUUCAAAAACCUUCACCGUCGUUUGCGAUAACUUCGACAAUACCUUGUGAACCACUGCCAGUAUUGAUAAGCUAUACUAUGGAUAUUAUGGAAAACCUGCAUUGCAGCUGCUUGCUCACAUGAAUCAUGUCAAUACUGACCGAAGUUGGCCAAAGAUUUUGCCAGUCUCUUAGAAAAUAAUCUCUAAUUAUAAACAACGUACUUAAAAUUGCCUAAAAUAGACAAAAAUAAUUCUCGAAGCUCGUAGCCGUAGAUCUAAACCUCGGGAGUCUCCAAAGUGUUGUCUACAUUCGAAGAGCCGUUAUUCGAAGACUGCUUCUUCGACGCUCUCUGUUUUUUUUGGCACACAUUCAAAAUUUUCUCCCCUCCACAAAGCCAAAGGGCUAAUGUCAGUUUUUUGCGUAC